CGCUGUCGAGUUGAAACGACGAAUAAUCAUUGCGAAGUCACUAUUGUUAUUUUAAAGAAGAAAGAUCCUCGCGGUCGCGAAAAGUUUUUCGAAAACCUUUACUACGACUUGCAACACGAACGGAAAGUGAAGUCAUUUGUUCUAUUACUUGUAGUGCAAAGCCAAGAAUGAUCGUAACGUCAACGCUCGCGAUUGUAUCUUAAUAUAUGGAAUCGCUUACUCCUGAAAACGGAAUCGCAAUUAAAAGACUGACAUGAGAUACUCAUCAUGCAUAGGAAAGCGUAUACCGAGAAAGUGAAGAAUAAUCCCAGAGCGGAUGCCAACAUUUUCAGCAUCUUGACGUUUUCUUGGAUUCUACGCACUUUCUGGGUGGGUUAUCGUCGAGACCUUGAAGUAACUGAUUUGUACACACCGCUUAAAGAGCAUACAAGUGAUAUUCUUGGUAUUAAAAUAGCGAAAGCCUGGGAGAAGGAAUGGAAGGGAUAUCAGUGUCGGCUGGAGCAGGUGGCGAAAUGCGGAUCACAGAAGAAGGUUAAGGAGCCCAGUCUGAUGAGAGUCCUCAUCAGGUGUUUCGGUUUCAAGACCCUAUUGUGCGGAACUUUCAUGGCCGUUAUAGAAACUUUGCUCAGAAUAGUGCAACCGUUAUUGUUGGGUCAGAUGCUGCUCUAUUUUAACACCACAGGCAUCGACAAGUUUUACGCGUACAAAUGCGCCAUCGGCAUUAUUUUGUGCUCCGCUGUUAACGUGUUCGUAGUCCAUCCUUACAUGAUGGAUAUGACUCAUUUGGUCAUCAUCACAUACAUUACAUUCCAUUUGAUCGACAUCGGAAUAUCAUCUAUUUUCGGUAUCGCAUUUCUUCUGAUGUUCAUCCCUUUUCAAGUGUGGCUAGGCAAGAAGUCGUCAGAGCUGAGAUUAAGAACUGCUAUCAGGACAGAUGAGAGGGUACGAUUAAUGAACGAGAUUAUUAGUGGAAUCCAAGCCAUCAAGAUGUAUACCUGGGAGAAUUUUUUCACCUCACUCAUAGAAAAAGCAAGAAAGAAAGAAGUUAAUAUCAUUCAAUGGGCGUCAUGUGUCAGAGGUAUCGUCAAGUCUUUCAUCGUCUUUACGACAAGAAUAUCGUUGUUCAUUACGAUACUGUCUUAUAUUCUGUUUGGCUACAAGAUAACGGCCGAGAAGGUGUACGUGAUAACUGCCUAUUAUAACAGUUUAAGCUUAAUCAUGACUGCCUACUUUCCGCAAGGAAUAACACAAGUAGCGGAAACGAUUGUGUCCAUAAAACGGCUGCAAAAAUUCCUCAUGUAUGAAGAACUGACUCUUUCCGAGAUUGAAGCAAAGAAGUACAAUAAAGAGAACAAUAAGGACACAAAAGAGAAUAAUAAGAAUGGGAAGGAGAAUAACCAACAGGAUAUGAAGGGGAAUAAUAAAAAAAAUUCGAAGAAAAAUUUAAUCGAGCAGAAGAAGAACGAUAGCGCAAUCGUAAACCAACUGAACAAUGUCGAGUAUAGCGUGUCCAUCAAGAAUGGAAAUGCUAAGUGGUUGGAUUAUGAACAAGAAGACACCUUACUGAACAUCAACAUGAAGGUACGUUCCGGUGAACUGAUCGCUGUUGUCGGCCAGGUCGGCGCGGGAAAGAGCAGUCUAUUGAACGUCAUCCUGAAAGAAUUGCGUUUGCAAGAAGGCUCCAUUCAAAUUAACGGCAGGAUUGCCUAUGCCAGUCAAGAACCGUGGCUUUUCGCUGAUUCGGUGAGACAAAAUAUUCUAUUCGGAAGAACAAUGGAUCAGAUUCGAUACGAUCGCGUGACUAAAGUGUGUCAGUUAAAGAGAGAUUUCAGUCUGCUACUUUACGGUGAUAAGACGAUUGUAGGAGAGAGGGGUGUCAGUCUUUCCGGUGGCCAGCGUGCAAGAAUAAACUUGGCGAGAGCCGUUUAUGCCGAUGCCGACAUAUAUCUUAUGGACGAUCCUUUAAGCGCCGUAGACGCCCAUGUGGGCAAGCAUAUAUUUGAAAAAUGCAUCGAUAAAUAUUUACGAGGCAAGACUCGAAUUCUCGUCACUCAUCAGUUGCAAUAUCUACGCAACGUCGGUAGAAUUAUCGUUUUGAAGGACGGAGCUAUCCAAGCUGAAGGCACUUACGAGGAGUUGGGCUCUAUGGGAGUGGAUUUUGGUCGACUGUUAAAAAAUCAAGUGGAGGCAGAUGAGAAAUCGUCUGUACUCUCCUCGCCUCCCGUUAGCCGUAAAAAUUCGCUCAUUGCCAGUAUCACGUCGCUGAGUUCCUUAAUGACGAAUAAUAGUUCGAAACAGGAUCCUGAUGAGAUGACUGAGAUGCAAACGGUAGGCAAUGUUUCCAGCAAAGUAUUCACUGGUUAUCUCCGUGCUGGUGGCAACUGGUGCGUUAUAUUCAUAGUAACCAUGCUUAGCGUAGCGACACAAUUAGCGGCUAGCGGCAGUGAUUUCUUUCUUGCGAAUUGGGUUAAUAAAGAAAGACUUCAUAUUAAUCAAACGGAAGAUGGCAUUGUGGAAGACGUUCCCCUAAGAAGUUCCCUUACUCGCAUGGAGUACAUCUACAUCUACAGUGGUCUAAUUGUGCUGACAAUCGGCAUCACCCUUAUCCGCUCAUGGGCUUUCUUUUGGAUGUGCUUGCGGGCCUCAAUACGCUUGCACGAUCGUAUGUUUCGCAGCAUUAGUCGCGCCACUAUGCGAUUCUUCAAUACCAACACGUCGGGACGUAUACUCAAUCGCUUCUCCAAGGACAUAGGCGCGGUAGACGAAAUGCUGCCUAUCGCGUUUAUCGAUUCUAUCCAGAUCGGUAUGUCGCUGGUAACCGCCAUCAUCGUGAUCGCUAUCGCAAACGUGUGGCUGCUGAUACCUACGGUGAUUGCCAGUAUUGUCUUUUAUUACCUGAGAAUCUUUUAUCUGGCCACUAGUUAUAGCGUUAAGCGUCUCGAAAGCUUCACCCGUUCGCCGAUCUUCGCUCACUUGAACGCGACUCUUCGAGGACUACCGACGAUCCGUGCGUUUGGAAUGGAAGCGACUCUCACGAAGGAGUUCGAUAAUUAUCAGGAUAUCCAUUCGUCCGCGUGGUACAUCUUCAUUGCAUCCUCCCGCGCCUUUGCCUUCUGGGUGGAUGCUUUUUGCUUGCUAUAUAUCACGCUGGUCACACUGAGCUUCCUUGUGAUGGACAACGGCUUUAUGUAUGGCGGAUACGUAGGCCUAGCAAUCACGCAGAGUAUCAAUCUUACUGGUAGAUUACACUGGUGCAUGCGUCAGAGCACCGAGGUGGAGAACCAGAUGGCCUCGGUGGAGCGUAUCCUUGAAUACAACGGUGUGGACAGCGAGCCUAUCGAUGAAGUCGACACAAGCCAGAUAGGUCUACACGAUCUGCGUUCCAAGAUCAGCAUUAUUCCUCAGGAACCGUUUCUGUUUUUUGGCAGCCUAAGGCGGAACCUCGAUCCGUUCGACUUGUAUGCGGAUGAACCGCUGUGGCGAGCGCUAGAGGAGGUCGAGCUGAAGGAGAUAGGCCUGGAGUCCCAUAUCAAUGACGGCGGCUCCAAUCUUAGCGUCGGCCAGAGGCAGUUGGUCUGCUUGGCGCGAGCCAUUGUGAAGAAUAAUCCGAUACUCGUACUGGACGAGGCGACCGCAAAUGUGGAUCCGCGAACGGACGAGCUCAUUCAGACCACGAUCAGGAAGAAGUUCGAGAAGU